UAUCACGUUAUACUGCUCGUGUUGCAACAAAGCUACUCUGAAUGGGGACCUAGAUGCGGUUCCUUUGUGCUUGGAUGAGCUGCAGCCCCUGGAGACGAUGGAGCCUGGCGCCAUGACCGAGGCGGGAGGCAAGACUCCAGGAAUGGAGACCAGAAAGCUAAUUACCGCAACAGACAACCAGUACUCUGGUAUGCUGUUAAAGGCUUUGGAUGAGCAACGUAGCCUUGGAGUUUUUUGUGAUGUUACAGUUAUUGUGGAAGAUCGGAAAUUUCGAGCUCACAGAAAUGUCCUUUCAGCAUCAAGCGCUUAUUUUCACCAGCUCUUCUCAGUUGCAGGACAAGUGGUGGAGUUGAACUUCAUAAGAGCAGAGAUUUUUGCAGAAAUUCUCAACUACAUCUACAGUUCCAGAAUAGUCAGAGUAAGAUCAGACUUGCUUGAUGAAUUAAUCAAAUCCGGGCAGUUGCUUGGAGUUAAAUUUCUUGCUGAACUGGGUGCUCCUCUGCAGCAGGUGAGAAACAUGGCAGGGGGUGUCAUGCCUAACGCUUUGGAACAGCCCAUUUUGGAUGCAAAUAGCCUUGAAGCCCAAAAGCCUCUGGGGCAGUUUGGGAGUCAAAACCUGAUUGCUGGCCAACCUGUUAUAACUGAAUCAUUUUCUUUGUAUGGGGAGGACUGUGAUACCACAAAGAUUACUAUUAGUGAUUCUGAUGAUGAUGAUGUCAUCUUCUGCGCAGAGCUUGUGCCUCCAAAGGAUCGGUCUCAGGAGACCAAAUCUGUCACACAGAACCAGCCUUCUCCCAACCCUACUGGGGGCUCCGACCAAACAAACUGUAACAGCGCUGGUUCUCCUCCUCCGCCAUCUGUAGGGUCAGCUCCAAGACCCGACUUACCUACUGCUCAGCCAAAUCUGAUUGAAAACCACGUGUCUGCGGAACCGCAUAUCCCUUCCGCUCCAAAACCUGUGACUUCUAAUGUCCUUAUGUUAAACCAGUCACAGAUCAGUACUUCACCAGAUGUUGGUUCGUCACAUGAAAUCGAGGUCUCUCCUAUACCUGAGGAGAAUCAGCAGCCGUCUAACAACGAUUCCUUAACUGACAUGGAAACAAAUGCCAUUGACGAGGAGGAAGAGGAUGAUGAGGAUGUGGAAGACGAUGAUGACAUCCUUGGUUCAUCCAGCCCAGGGUCUGCAAGCAGCAGCUCUUUGGUUCAGCAGCCCACUACCCCCAAACCUGCUGCAACGGAGACUACAGGAGUACAGAAGAAGCAAGUAAGUAAUUUUCCACAAGAACCACCUGCCCCUGCCACAGAAUUCAAAAUGAAAAUCUCAGAUGUUCUUUCUGGAAGCAACAAAGAUUCUGCAGCAAGCGUUGCCCCAAAACACAUAGUGGAAGGCCAGAAGACCAUAACUUUAGAUACAGCUGCUGAAAUAGAAGGCUUGUCUACUGGUUGCAAGGUUUAUGCAAAUAUUGGUGAAGAUACCUAUGACAUAGUCAUUCCGGUGAAAGAUGAGGCUGAUGGAGAAGUCAGGCUUGACGAUGUGCCCAGAACAUCAGGGGAUGAUCCUGCAAAUAGAAAGCGUCUAAAAGUGAAACACGACGACCACUAUGAGCUCAUAAUGGAUGGAAAGGUUUAUUAUAUCUGCAUCGUGUGUCGAAGAUCCUACGUUUGUCUAACAAGUUUGCGUAGACAUUUUAAUGUUCAUUCCUGGGAAAAGAAAUAUCCAUGUCGCUAUUGUGAUAAGGUUUUCGCUCUUGCGGAAUACCGCACCAAGCAUGAAAUACAUCACACUGGAGAGCGAAGGUACCAGUGCUUGGCAUGUGGCCAGUGUUUUAUCAACUAUCAGGUCAUGGCUACACAUCUAAGAUCAGUCCAUAGCCAGGACCCUUCUGGAGAGUCCAAGCUGUAUCGUUUGCAUCCUUGUAGGUCCUUGCAGAUCAGAAAUUACGCUUAUAUUUCAGGUGGUGCCAACAAAAUACCAAUGGUAAAUGACAAUAAUCUUGCAUAUCCAGUUGUCCCCAUAAAAGAUGCCUCCCAAGAACCAACACCCACCCCUCCGGCAAAGCCAAUGACCUGGGAUGAUAUCUUUGUUCCGCAAGGAAACGAAUCACUUUUUAAACAAAACCCAUCUGAUGGUAGUACUGAAUUUGAGUUUGUAAUACCAGAAUCUUAUUGAAAUUAUGUCUUGACAGAAACAUUUCAUAGGGAGGAGGGUAAAAUUCAUUUUGAACAGGCUGCUGUUUUAGAACAUCUCAUAGCAAAUCAGUUUAUUGUACCUAGUCAGCAAAAGAUAGUAUUUUAAAGCUAGAAUACGUGUAAGCUUCAGGUAAUGUUGCUGCAAAAAAUGGUCAGAAAAAGAAAACUUACUUGAAGACAGUAAAAGGCAUUUCCAGGGAAGUUAACUGUUAAUAUGCUUAGCUCAUUAUCAUGGAUAAAAAUUUGCAAAGACAUAGUUUGAAAAGUAUCGAUCCUUUACAAAAAUGGGAUCCUUCCCUAAGUACUUGCAUAACAAUGGGGAUGUUUCUUGCCGCUUGAACCAC